AGAGAAGACCAUUGCUGCGUUACCUCCUUUCACAAGAAUGGAGAACGAUCGAAUCAUGAUAAACCCUAAACCCCACUGAUUUCAGUCCUCAUUUCGUACUAUAAAAAUGUCAUUCGCUCUGCAUCUCUCCUUUCCAAAUUUGAAUUCUUAUAGGACGCACAAGCUUAUUACUCCCACUAGGCUGCACGGCGUUCAAUUUAUAUGCAACUUUUCGUUGAAGCAAACUAAUUUUUCCUCUGAAGAUGAUACAGAGCGUAUAAGCGAUGGUAGCCAGCAUCGGGUUGUUUUGGUGGAAAAAUACGGGGAUGGAACUUUAAAGAGGUAUAUACUGGAUGAAGAAUUGCAGCUGACAACGUUUCUCGAGGAUGAUUCCAAAUCUAAUGGAUUUUCUUCGAAGGAACUGCCCUGGCUUCCCGAUAUAGUUAAAGAUUUUGUUCUACCUGCUGGCUUCCCAGGGUCUGUUUCUAAUGAUUACUUGGAAUAUAUGCUGUUACAGUUCCCAACCAAUGUCACUGCAUGGAUCUGUCAGACGUUGGUCACUUCAAGUCUUCUAAAGGCAGUUGGUUUGGACUAUUCUUCUGGAACUACAGCUGCAGCUUCUGCUGCUGCCAUCAGAUGGGUGUCGAAAGAUGGGAUUGGUGCUGUUGGACGGUUUUUCAUUGGUGGACGAUUUGGAAAUCUUUUUGAUGAUGAUCCUAAACAAUGGCGCAUGUAUGCUGACUUCAUUGGCAGUGCUGGAAGCAUCUUUGAUCUCUGUACACCUCUCUACCCUGCAUAUUUCCUGCCACUAGCAUCUCUGGGGAAUCUUGCUAAGGCUGUGGCAAGAGGGCUAAAGGAUCCUUCAUUUCGUGUGAUUCAAAACCAUUUUGCUAUUUCAGGAAAUCUUGGAGAUGUAGCAGCAAAGGAGGAAGUUUGGGAAGUAUCUGCACAGCUCCUUGGCCUUGGUCUUGGUAUAUUCAUCCUGUCUACACCAGGUGUUGUGACAUCAUAUCUGGUUCUAGCAUCAACAUGGAUGGCCAUGCGGCUUCUGCACCUUUGGCUACGUUAUCAAUCUCUUUCAGUUCUUCAGUUCGACACAGUAAAUCUAAAGCGAGCUCGGAUUUUGGUGAAUUUGCAUGUUUCAAACUCCACAGUUCUGGGAUGUGAGGAAUGCAACAAAAUGGAGAAUAUCUUAUCAUGGGAGGAAUUUUCGGUACCACGAAUUGUGUUUGGUGUUUCCUUGUCCGACAUGCUUGGUGGUGAAAGAUCAGGCCUCAAGGUGAAGAUGCUUCUGGAACUCUAUGCUAAGGAAAAAUACAUUCUGGUGGUGAACCAGCAGCCUUUCAAAGAUUUUGAGACCCUCGUCUCCUUUAAGGAUGGAGCAACAAGCCUCUCUGUACUACGAAGUGUUUGGCAAACGUAUUGGCUGUACAAGAAUCGAAGCAAACAAGACGAUGGUUUUGAUCAACUCAAAGAAAGCCUGAAGAAAAUCGAUGAUCGGUUUGAGGACUUCUUGCAGCAAAUGAGAGACGUGGGAUGGGACAUUGAUGAGAUAAAUUUGAAAAUUCGUAAUGAUAUUUCGAUCGAAGAAAUUUUUGUUGAUUGAUGACUGGAAGUGACUCAAACGAUUUAAGGCUUUUGAAACAGAUGCACAUAUCCAAAACAACGAUACAAUGAAAUUCAAAAAAUCAUUGUUCUACAAUUUUAUAGUUUUAUAAGUUGUGUGAAAAUAAAAAAGAUGAGAUUAAAUACGCAAUAGAAUA